GAAGCGACUUGAGAAAGCCGGAAGUUAAGCAGUGGCUGCCCGCUUGUGUUGACUACGUGGAGGGGGAUGGCGGCGGUGGGGGAUGGAGCCCCGCACGGAGGGGCCUCUUCUGCCAGCUCCGACGAAGAAUCUGCGCCCACUGCAGCUGAGGAGUUGGCUGCCCAGAAGAGGGAGGAGAGGUUGAGGAAGUUCAGAGAGCUCCAUAUGAAAAGGAAUGAAGCUCGCAAGCUAAAUCACCAGGAAGUUGUGGAAGAAGAUAAAAGACUUAAGUUGCCUGCAAACUGGGAAGCAAAAAAGGCUCGACUAGAAUGGGAACUGAAGGUUGAGGAAAAGAAGAAGGAAUGUGCCUCUAAAGGAGAAGAUUACGAGCGGGUGAAGUUGUUAGAAAUCAGUGCUGAGGAUGCAGAAAGAUGGGAAAGGAAAAAGAAGAGAAAAAAUCCAGACCUAGGAUUUUCAGAUUAUGCAGCUGCUCAGUUGCGCCAGUAUCAGAGGUUAACCAAGCAGAUCAAACCUGACAUGGAAAAAUAUGAAAAGCUAAGAGAAGAAAACGGAGAAGAAUUGUAUCCAACAGCAAACAGUCUUCUUCAUGGAACUCAUGUACCAUGUAAAGAAGGGGUUGAUAGAAUGGUUACAGAUCUUGAAAAACAAAUUGAAAAACGUGAAAAAUACAGUCGACGACGUGCUUAUAAUGAUGAUGCAGAUAUUGAUUACAUUAAUGAGAGAAAUGCCAAAUUCAAUAAGAAGGCAGAAAGGUUCUAUGGGAAAUAUACAGCAGAAAUUAAACAGAACUUGGAGAGAGGAACAGCCGUCUAAUCUUUCACAUUCCAAGAGAGGCACAGUUCUACAAUUAAAUUGUUCAGUACAAACUAGGCAUGUUUUGCAGAAAGGCUUAAAAACUGUAUCAACAUGCUAAUUGUGCAAAUAUAAACUUUGCCAUACUUUUAAUAUUAAAUGAAACUUGUGAAAGCUUUUUUUUAAUCCAAUAAUGUGUAUUGCACAAAUGCUUGAAUGACAUUGGGUAUCAUAGCUGUACAUAGCUUGCCCUUCCAACGGUGGCUAGUUUUUGUACAUUUAGCAAACCUCAAAAGGGUUGGUACUCAGAUCAUACCCUGCAGUUACAUAAAUGUAGUUUUUGUUUGUUUGAUUCAGAUUUUGUAAAGUAGUUGUGACUAUUAAACACAGAACUACAUGCC